AUGGCUCAAGAGACGUUCCUCAUCGCGAAGUCCGUCUUGAGGAAAUUCAAGGACCCUCCAGAGACACGCCGUCUCGAGUUCAUUUCUCCAACCACUCUCGAGGCAUGCUCAAGGGCAGCGAGAAAUUUACAGCACCUGGAAAUGACCAGCGAGGAGAGCGAGAUUCUAGAUCAAAGUCAAAAUAUUGAAAUGGUUCGAGAGUUUAUUGCGCAAUAUGUAGCAGAAGUCGACAAGAGGCGACAAUACAGCAAAACGUGGGGAAAAGUUUACGCUUUCUCCCAAUUUGCAGGUCCUGUGCUAGAUGUAUUCAAGCAAGCAAACUUCAGUCCAGAAUGUUCUGUGGCGCUGGGUUUGAUAAGUCUCCUCUUAAUCCAACCUUUGAACAACAAGUCAGAUAUUGAGGAAAGACUUGAAAAGGAAAUAAUGCAGCUAAAGGAUAUCAUCUCUCAAGUUGAAUUCUCGAAAAGCAACAUCAGAACAGCCGAAAUUGACGCUGAAGUUCAAGGGUUGUGUGGCGCAAUCAUAGACUUCCUUGUCCAUGCUUUGCAAUAUCAGAAGAAAUGGGGCAUAGCGAAGGUCUUGAGUGGUAUCCUUGCCGAUUUUGCUAAACGCUUUGAAAGCUUUGUGACCAAGAUCAAAAGUCAUGCGACGAAGAUUGGGGUUUUGGCCCAGCGCGGAUACACGACAAUACUGCUGAACUCCAAGGACAUUCUCGAUACAACAGCUCAAGGCAAGCGCUGA